ACUCUUUAGAUCUGUCUUGAAGAGGGCUGGUAUAUUUGUGCCGGCUGAAGGUGGAGUUAACAGUAAGAAGGAGAAAGGGAUUGAAUGGAUUUACAGGAAGGUUUUUCAAGUAAAUUCAGGCAAACACAUUUACUUGAACAGUACAACCUUGAGUCUUACUUUACCCUAAGACGAUAUAAAAGAUGUUAAAGUUAUCACCAGGCUGCCGGACAAAUAUAUAUUCCAACACCAAGGGGCAGAUCAACAUAUAUCUGUGAUACAGAAAUCAGAAUUUGUCUUGGAAAGAGCUCAAGGGUUGAGAAGAACUCAAGAUCAAGGGAAGAUCACCUUGGGAGCUACAGUUUAUCAGAAGAUCAACUUUCGUUAAUUCAAAUACCAAAGGCCUGAUUACCAUAAAUUCAUAUAGGAAUGCAUAGGUCAUCUGAUCAAAUCAUUUUAGCCGUCUUCUGCUACAUCCAUGCAGCAAAAACUCUUAACAACUGUGGAUAAUUGGAAAUUCGAGUUUCAGCUUUCUUAGAAAUAACUACUCUUGACACAUUCUGCAAUAUUUAAAAUAGGACAGGAGAAUUAGGAAGGAUGUUGUGUUCGGAAAUGUCACUGACAUGAAGAAUAGGUAAAUUUGUUUUUUCAACUACUAGGAAAGUGUAUCUCUUAGGAACUUAGAAUUAUUAUUUUUUUUUUUUAAGAGGACACGAAGGACUAAAAAUAUCAACUUUUCCUUUUUGGACAAAAAUGCAUCUGACUGUAUUUUUACUUAGGGGUAUUGUGGGUUUCCUCUGGAGCUGCUGGGUUCUAGUGGGUUAUGCAAAAGGAGGUUUGGGAGAUAAUCAUGUGCACUCCAGUUUUAUUUAUAGAAGACUACGGAACCAUGAAAGACGGGAAAUACAAAGGGAAAUUCUCUCAAUUUUGGGGUUACCCCACAGACCCAGACCAUUUUCACCUGGAAAGCAAGCAUCCUCUGCGCCUCUCUUUAUGCUGGACCUAUACAAUGCCAUGGCCAACGAAGAAAACCCUGAAGAGUCGGAGUAUUCAGUCAGGGCAUCCCUGGCAGAAGACACCAGAGGGACAAGAAAAGGAUACCCAGCCUCUCCCAAUGGGUAUCCUCGGCGCAUACAGUUAUCUCGGACGACUCCCUUGACCACCCAGAGCCCUCCACUAGCCAGCCUUCAUGAUACCAACUUUCUGAAUGACGCGGAUAUGGUCAUGAGCUUUGUCAACUUAGUUGAAAGAGACAAGGAUUUCUCUCACCAACGGAGGCAUUACAAAGAAUUCCGAUUUGAUUUAACACAAAUUCCUCAUGGAGAAGCAGUGACAGCCGCUGAAUUCCGGAUAUACAAAGAUCGGAGUAACAAUCGAUUUGAAAAUGAAACAAUUAAGAUUAGCAUCUAUCAGAUCAUCAAGGAAUACGCAAAUAGGGAUGCAGAUCUGUUCCUGAUAGACACAAGAAAGGCUCAAGCUUUAGAUGUGGGUUGGCUCGUCUUUGAUAUCACAGUGACCAGCAAUCAUUGGGUGAUUAAUCCACAGAACAAUUUGGGCUUACAGCUCUGUGCAGAAACAGGGGAUGGACGCAGUAUAAAUGUAAAAUCUGCUGGUCUUGUGGGAAGACAUGGCCCUCAGUCAAAACAGCCAUUCAUGGUGGCCUUCUUCAAGGCAAGUGAGGUCCUUCUUCGAUCUGUGAGAGCAGCCAACAAACGGAAAAAUCAAAACCGCAAUAAAUCCAGCUCUCAUCAGGACUCCUCCAGAAUGUCCAGUGUUGGAGAUUAUAAUACAAGUGAACAAAAACAAGCCUGUAAGAAGCACGAGCUCUAUGUGAGCUUCCGGGACCUAGGAUGGCAGGAUUGGAUUAUAGCACCAGAAGGUUAUGCUGCAUUUUACUGUGAUGGAGAAUGUUCUUUUCCACUCAAUGCUCAUAUGAAUGCUACCAACCACGCCAUAGUUCAGACACUGGUUCAUCUGAUGUUUCCUGAUCAUGUACCAAAGCCUUGCUGUGCACCAACCAAAUUAAAUGCCAUCUCUGUGCUAUAUUUUGAUGACAGCUCUAAUGUCAUUCUGAAAAAAUACAGAAAUAUGGUAGUGCGCUCAUGUGGCUGCCACUAAUAUUAAAUAAUAAUGGCAAUAACUAAAAGAUCUGUAUUAAAGUUUAUGACUGCAAUAAAAAGUAUACUUUAAGAAAGAAAAUCCAGGGAAAUUUCCUAAAA